AUGAUCAACAGCGCGCCGAGAACGGACGCGAAGAGCGGCGAUGGCGGGGCGAGCCGCGACGGCGGUCGCGAUCGCGCGAUGAGCCGCGGCGGGAUGAGCUGCGACGGCGCAACGAGCGUUGGCAAGGCGAGCCACACACUGACGGGCGGCAUGACGAGCGGCGCGGCUACAACGCCUCUUGGUGCAGUGGCCGCGAGCAGCGAUGGCACGCUGAGCCACACGCAGCUGAGCGCUGGCGCGACGAGCCAUUGCGAGGCGAGCGACGGCCGCAUCAUGACGGGCGGCACGUUGAGCGGCGCGGCUGCAACGACCGACCAAGCAUAG